UUCCUAAGCAGCUGACUAGGGUUUUUUGCCGAUCUCCACUUUCUCUCUUUUUAACCUCUAGUACGUUGUUCUACCCACCAUCUUCUCCAUGAAAAAUAAAUCCGCAACCAAAGCUGAAGCAGCUCCUUCUGUGAUUAAGGACACGACGCCUAAAGAUGAUUUGGAGAAAGAUAAGAAAAACAUGAUGACUGAGAAGAAAAUAUCUGAUGCUAUAGAGAUGUUGGAAGGAUUUGGUGUUCGUCUUCAUCAGAUGGAAGAAAAGAUAGAUCUGUUGAUCUCAUUGAUUAGGUCAAAUAAUGAAGUUAAAAUUGGCUCUGUGAAGGCCGAGGCAGAGAGCAUGUCUGUGGAUGGAUCAUCCUCUGAUGAGGAACCUUAUAGUCGUUUUGGUGCUUCUGGCUUUGGUCGUGGUGGUCGUGGUGGUGGUGGUCGUGGUCUUUUUGUCGGUGGUCGUUUUGCCGGUGGUCGUUGUGGCGGUCAAGGCUUAUGUCGACGUUACUGUUGAGGUUUUGGUGGCGGAGGAAGAGACCUAGUUUGCUACUCAGCUUGAGCUUUUUUUAUUUAUUAUUUUGUGGUAGCUUUGGCGUUUUUGACUUGUGAUAAAUCAACCUUUUCAAU